GGAAAAUUAACUACAUCUGAGACAAAAUGUACAUAUAAGUUUUCACAUAGACUAAUCAUUCACAUCAAAACUUAACUGGACUUAACUGCUAGAAAAAUGGCAUCUGGCAUCCAUACCAUUUUUAAAAGUAACAUGCAUGCCAAGAGAAGACCACUCACCUCAAAGUAAAAACUGAUAUCAAUUUGGAUUGUGUUCCUAAAUCACAUUUUGAAAAUCUAUGUAGAAGAAUGUCUGUAUACAGACUGCAACUAAUAGUCUUAAAUUCUUGCAACAUGAAUAUUCUGAGAAACAAUGCCUCCAUAUUUUUCAGACUUUCAUCCAGCAAACUGACUCUAAUUCAUCAAGGUCCUCCGAAACGAUUUCAUCUAGACACAAAGAGAAGAGUGUUUGAUGAAAGUGGGAAAGUCAGAAAAUGGACUUAUGGGAAAAAAGACACCAGUAAACAAAACAAAAUUGUUCUGCUGGUAGGAGAGACUGGAGCUGGCAAGACGACUCUCAUCAACACCAUGGUCAACUACUUACUGGGAGUGAAGUUUGAGGAAACAAUAUGGUAUGAAAUCACAGAAGAAGCAGCCAGAGAUCAAUCAGAAUCACAAACCUCUGAAAUAACCAUGUAUGAGGUCUAUUGUGUAGAGAGUCCCAUAUCUCUCACCAUCAUUGAUACUCCAGGCUACGGAGACACUAGAGGACUGGAAAAAGAUCUGGAAGUUGCUGCAAAUUUAGCCACUCUGUUUCAGAGCAGUGAUGGAGUUCGUGAAGUUGAUGCCGUGUGUUUCGUGAUUCAAGCAUCUAAGAAUCGUCUCUCAGACAGACAGCAUUACAUUAUCAGUUCAAUUCUGUCUUUGUUUGGAAAAGACAUUAUGAACAACAUUGUGUUUUUAAUCACACAUUCUGAUGGUAUGGCACCCAAAAAUGUCCUCAGUGCCAUCAAUAAAGCUAAAAUCCCCUGCAGAAGAGACAAAAGUGGCCAACCUGUUUAUUUCUUAUUCAACAAUCGGCAGGCUGAAGCACAAAACAAUGAGAGCCGUUACCUUCGUGCUCAAAGAGAUGCUUGGGAAAGCUGCAUGGCAGAGAUGAAGCUAUUUCUUAAGUCUCUGGAUAAAAAGAACAGAAUAAGUUUAGAGUUGACUUCAGAUGUCCUCAUUGAGCGCAUUCAAUUAGAAGCAUUAAUCUGCAACUUACAGCUGCGAGUUGAAGAGAAAGAGUCCAAAAAAUCUGAAAAAAUUCAGAUUCAGGAGGCAAUGAAACUAAACAAGGAAAAGAUUGACAGGCACACAAACUUUAGCAUUAGAGUAAAAAAGACAAUCAAAGUGAAGGUGGCCAUUGAAAGUGCUUCAUGGAAGAACAGGAAGGCGACGACCUGCACCGUCUGUGAGGAGAACUGUCAUGAGUUUGACUGCUGGUGGGUUUCUGAUCCCAGCAAAUGUGAAGUCAUGAAGAAAGGCUACUGCACUGUGUGCACUGGGAAGUGUCAUCACAGCAAACAUGUCAAAGAGAACAAGAAAUAUGUCAUCAGCACCUCGAACGCUGUGAUGCAAUCAGAUCAAUUAAAAAAGGGAUAUGAAAAUGCUAAAACCAAGAGGUUUUCUGUUGUAAUGGAUGAUCUUGACAAAGAUCUGCAGGAGCUUGAGGAUCAAAAGUCAAUUCUUCUGUUCAAUGCUUACAAGACCAUCAAGCAUCUGUCUCAGAUCGCAUUAAAACCAGACUCUGCCUUCACUCUUCAGCAUCUCGACUUCUUCAUCCCCAGAUUGAAGGAAGCUGGGAAAGAAAACUGGGUCCGAGAGCUUGAAGAAAUGAUGAGAAACGCUAAAGCUGAGGAAGCAAAUAAAGAUGCUCUGAGUUACCUUAAAGCUGGUCUGACAAAACUUUUCCUUGGUGUGAAAGGCGGAGAAGACAAGAGAUGAAGCAAUGAAAAUAAAUAAGACUGCUUAAAAUAAGAAAGUAAUGCAGGUGACAUGCUGUACAUCUGAAGAAGAGAAAUUUCAUUUAAUCAUAGUAUGAAGCUGUUUUAGUGUUUAUUUAAAAGGCAAACCACUCCAAUCCAAUCUGUUAGUUUAUGAACUGUUACAAUAAAUUAAUAUCAGUAAAUUUGGGGCGUACUAGAUGGUAGCUAUAACAAAAGAUUUGUUUUGCAUUUGUGGAUGUUAAUGUGUUUAAUCUUGAACUCUAUAUUUUAUCUAUACCAGUUGAUGUCUCUGAUGUCUUUUAUUUUAUUUUUUUCAUCUUUGUUAUUUCCAUUAGAUUGUUAUCUUUCUCUAAAUCAAAAUUCUUGUUUAAUUAAAAUAAAUAAAAUAAAUA